AUGGCGACCAUUCAGCAACUGGUAGGAAGAUGGCGCUUAGUGGAGAGCAAAGGCUUCGAUGAGUACAUGAAGGAACUGGAUGUGGGAAUGGCUCUGCGGAAAAUGGGCGACGUGGCCAAACCAGAGUGUAUCAUCACUUUUGAUGGCAAAAUCCUCACCUUAAAACUUGAGAGCACAUUCAAAACAGCACAGUUCUCAUGUAACCUGGGAGAGGAGUUUGAAGAAACUACAGCUGAUGGCAGAAAAACUCAGACCGUCUGCAACUUUGUAAAUGGCGCAUUGAUUCAACAUCAGCAGUGGGAUGGGAAGGAAAGCACAAUCACGAGAAGACUGGAAGGUGGGAAAAUGGUGGUGGAAUGCGUCAUGAACAGUGUCACCUGUACUCGGAUCUAUGAAAAAGUUGAGUAA